UUCCCUCUUUUUCUUCUUCCUCCUCCUCUUCCCCUUCUUUUCUCUCCAUCUCAACCACCCAACCUGGAUUCUAAUGGAACCACCAACAUGUUCAUCUCCAGCUUCCUGGACUUUCAGAAGACCAGAUACGCCAGGUUUAUGAACCACAGGGUGCCACCCAACAAGAGGUACCAGCCCACGGAGUAUGAACACGCCGCCAACUGUGCCACGCAUGCUUUUUGGAUCAUCCCAAGCAUCUUGGGCAGCUCCGUCCUCUACGUCCUGUCUGACAACCAAUGGGAAGCCAUCUCGGCCUGGAUCUACGGCUUCGGCCUCUCGGGGCUCUUCAUUGUCUCCACCAUCUUUCACACCAUUUCUUGGAAGAAGAGGCACUUGCGAACCGUGGAGCAUUGCCUGCACAUGUUUGACCGAAUGGUGAUCUACUUCUUCAUAGCAGCAUCCUAUGCGCCUUGGCUAAACCUGCGGGAGUUGGGCCCGUGGGCAUCGCACAUGCGCUGGCUGGUGUGGAUCAUGGCCUCCGUCGGCACCGUCUAUGUUUUCUUUUUCCAUGAACGAUACAAAUUGGUCGAACUGGUCUGCUAUGUCAUCAUGGGUUUCUUCCCUGCUGUGGUGAUUCUUUCCAUGCCCAACACGGACGGUCUCUCCGAACUCAUGGCCGGCGGCCUUUUCUAUUGCCUGGGCACCGUGUUCUUCAAGAGCGACGGGCGCAUCCCCUUUGCGCAUGCCAUCUGGCACCUCUUUGUGGCCCUCGGAGCCGGAACGCACUAUUACGCCAUUUGGAGGUACCUCUACCGGCCGGAUGCCAUCGAGUCCAAAACCUCCAGACUCGCAUUCCUUCCCGGGAAGAGAGAAGAAAGCACGAAUGAGCUAUUGCACUCCACUUUAGUGCCGUUUGUGUAACUGUGAUGCACUUUUGAACAAGCCAUUAUUGUCCGCCCUUAAGCUAUGGCACCUUCUACCCCGGGCAUGGGCACACUUGGGCCCUCCGGGUGUUUUGGACUCCAACUCCCAUCAUUACUAACAGCCUAACAGUACAUACAUAUGGAUGUAUUUAUGUGUGUUGGUUGGUUGGUUUGUACCGCAAAGGCUCCUCCGUGGCUGGACAAAUCGGGACCAAACUUAUCACACAGAUUCUUCAUUGCUCAACUUAAAAGAAUUGAGAGGUUCAUGGCAAGGUGAAGUGGCCUUCUGUCAGGUGACUGGAAAAUAAAGGGGGUGGAAUAGGGUAGAGCAGGCAUGGGCAAACUUAGGCCCUCCAGGUGUUUUGGACUUCAACUCCCAUCCCUUUAUGGAAACAUCUCCUCUGAGAAGUUUGAAGCCUCCACAACUUACCGUAUAUACUCGAGUAUAAGCCGACCCGAAUAUAAGCCGAGACACCUAUUUUUACCACAAAAAAACCUGGAAAAACAUUGACUCCAGUAUAAGCCGAGGGUGGUAAAUUUCAGAAAUAAAAAUAGAUACUAAUAAAAUUACAUUACUGUAUAUACUCGAGUAUAAGCUGACCCAAAUAUAAGCCGAGGCACUUAUUUUUACCACAAAAAAAUCUGGGAAAACAUUGACUCCAGUAUAAGCCGAGGGUGGUAAAUUUCAGAAAUAAAAAUAGAUACUAAUAAAAUUACAUUACUGUAUAUACUCGAGUAUAAGCCGACCCAAAUAUAAGCCGAGGCACCUAUUUUUACCACAAAAAAACUGGGAAAACAUUGACUCCAGUAUAAGCCAAGGGUGGUAAAUUUCAGAAAUAAAAAUAGAUACUAAUAAAAUUACAUUACUGUAUAUACUCGAGUAUAAGCCGACCCGAAUAUAAGCUGAGGCACCUAAUUUUACCACAAAAAAACCUGGGAAAACAUUGACUCCAGUAUAAGCCGAGGGUGGUAAGUUUCAGAAAUAAAAAUAGAUACUAAUAAAAUUACAUUACUGUAUAUACUCAAGUAUAAGCCGACCCGAAUAUAUAAGCCGAGGCACCUAUUUUUACCACAAAAAAAACUGGGAAAACAUUUGACUCCAGUAUAAGCCGAGAGUGGUAAAUUUCAGAAAUAAAAAUAGAUACCAAUAAAAUGACUUUAAUUGAAGCAUUCAUAGGUUAAAUGUUUUUGAAUAUUUACAUAAAGCACAAAUUUAAGAUAAGACUGUCCAACUCUGAUCAAAUCAUGAUUCUCAUCUUCUUCAAUGUAAAUGUGCUUAUGUAUCCUUUUAAUAAUAAUAGAGUAAAAUAAUACAUGUAAUAAUAAUAAAUACAGGAAAAUAGUACAAGUAAUAAUAAAUAGAGUAAAAUAAUAAAUGCAAUAAGAAUAAUAAUAAGAAGAAGAUCAGAGUAAAAUAAUAAAUGUAUUAAUAAUAAUAAUAAAAAUAGAGUAAAAUAAAUGUAAUAGUAGCAACAAUAAUAGAGAAAAAUAAUAAAUGUAAUAAUACCAAUAAUAAUAUUUUUUAAAAUGUACCAUAUCUUCUCGAGUAUAAGCUGACCCAAAUAUAAGCCAACCAGGACCCUCACCCGAGUAUAAGCCGAGGGGGGCUUUUUCAGUCUUAAAAAAAGGGCUGAAAAACUAGGCUUAUACUCGAGUAUAUACAGUAAUGUAAGCCCAUCCAGGCACCCAUGAAAUCAUACCAAAGACACCUGGCCUUCGAGGUCUUUAUCCCGUUUGGCUAUUUUUCACUCCUUGUGUUCUCAGGCCUAACCUGGUUUCUCGGGAAAACUCUCCAUCACCCGAAGGCCAUUUUUCACGAGAACUGGGACUUUCACUUUCUCCAGUUGCCUGGGAACGAGCACAGGAAUCCACAACAAUUCUUUUAGGUUGGGCAAUGAAGGGUCUGUGUGACAAGUUUGGUCCUGAUCCGUCCAGCCACGGAGGAGCCUUUGCGGUACAAACCAACCAGCCAAAACAUACAUACACACAUAUAUCCAUAUGUACGUACUGUACAUACUUGGACUUUUAUAUAUAUUGUAUAGGUUUCAAAUUCUCUUUUUGAGAUAGGACUUCAAAAGCGAUCUACACAUGAACGGAUCGAACCUCCCCGUGUUGCCAUGCCUUACAUAUUCCGGAAACUUGAAUCAAACCAGUUUGAAACUUUUCCGCCAUGUUCAACGGACGGACCACUCUGUACUAUUCCUUGGGACACUCUACCUAUAUUUCCGGCAUCAUUGUCUUUUCUUUUGGGAGCUUGCUGGAAUUUCGACUAAAUCAAUCAAUGUAGGGGACGGUGCCAUUGUGCGCAGUGGUCUGACUUUGUAAUACAUGUUGUAUAUGAUAUUUGUUGAUGUUUAUUUGAUUCUUGCUUUUACUUCCAGUCUUAAAAUGCCACCUGCCUAUAUGUAUUUUGAUCAGAAAUCCAUGGUUGUUGCCCUUUCCUCAAAAAACUGGUCCAAUUAAUCCCCUUUAGUUGCGUAUUGCUGGCUACUACAACAAGACUACUACUAGGAGUAAACCCAGAGUACUACAAUUACUAUUGGUUGCAAUAGAGUCGUACCACUACUAAACAAUAACUACUAGCAGUACUAGUGUUAAUUAGUACUACUACUAGUAGUCUAAUAGUAGUACCAACAGUAGAUUCUUGCUUUUACUUCUGGUCUUAAAAUGCCAUCAGCCUAUAUGCAUUUUGAUCAGAAAUCCAUGAUUGUUGCCCCUUCCUCAAAAAACUGGGAAAUUACUCCCCUGUAGUUGCUAAUUGCUGGCCAUGCAACGUGGCUACUACUACAAGACUACUAGUAGGAAUAAAAGCAGAAUACUUGAGUAGUAAAUGCCUAUGGGUUGCAAUAGAACCAUACUACAAGUAAACAAUAACUACUAGCAGUACUAGUGAUAAUUAGUACUACCAGUAAUUACUACAAGUAUUACUAAUUAUCACUAGUACUGCUAGUAGUUAUGAUUUACAAGCAGUAAAUAGUACUUUUGCUACGAUUAUUAGACUAUUAGUAGUUUUUAGUACUAGUAUUAGUCUAAUAGUAGUAGCAAUAGUAGACCUCUACUAGUAGUAGUAGCACUGAGCCAUGCCAAUUCAAGCGGGAUCAAUUUUAAAGUAUCUUGACUUUGGGGCCUCUUUUUUGGCUAUUCUUAAUUCUUUGUAAACUACACACAGGAUCGGAGACUGGAUUAUUCCGAUUGCCCCGUCCUUUUUCUACUAACAUUUGUAACUUUGGAAGAAUUUGUAACUUUAGAAGAAAUGUCUGCGGCAACAUUUUCUGAGCCAUUUUUCAAAACUUCGCGGAAAAGAUAAAAGCGAAAGAGCCUGUGUUUUCAACCACUCGCCUCUUGUUUCAAUAAGGACGUAUUUUGUAUUUAACACAGUGUUAAUUUAAUAUACAUUGUAAUAAUAAUAAUAAAGAUAAUGUUAGUAAACGUUGGUUUUUUUGUGGGAUAAGAUCUAAAUAAUAAUAAAAACGAUGCCUUCUUUCUAA